AUGCAAGGUUCAUACAAGGGAAAAAGCGGAUACGAAGAAGGAAUCCGAGGCAAAGGAUACAUUGUCAACGCCCUAGAAGCUGCUCUGUGGGCCUUCUACAAUGAUAAGGGUUCGUUUAAAAAGGGUGCACUCGCUGCAGUGAACCUCGGCGAUGAUACAGAUACAACCGCUGCGAUCUAUGGUCAAUUGGCUGGUGCCUACUAUGGCUUUCAUGAACUACCAAAGAAGUGGACAAGUAAGGUCUAUGCGAACAGUUUUCUGAAGUGCGUGAGCAAGUGGAUAACUUAUGAAGGAAAUAAUUGGCGACCGGAACGAUCGUUUGUGACAAGUUUGAGAUCACCGUUUUCUCAAGCGAAUGAUUUUGUAACAACACGUCGUUCAGAGAACGCUGAUACGAAUGUCAUGUCACAUCCAACACCUGAUACUGAAAUGCUAAGAGAACCUCCGAAAGCACCGCUUAUGUCGAAAAGAUCCCAGCGAACUCCAGAAGAAAAAUCAAAUAGAGAUCUCGCACAGGAAAAAAUUGUCGUGUCAAAUGACGUAUCAGAGAGUGGAACACCACGAAGAUCCCAUGGAAAGUCGCGUCCAGAAACGGGUCGUUCUAAAUCCGUACGUGGUUCUCAGUCAAGAUCUUUAUCACAAAUGAACAAGGACAGACCUAUGAGUGCGUCGAAACCUCAUCAAUCCCCGGAACAAAAUGAACACUUCACAUAUUUUCUCUCCCCCUGA